CGGCUUGUGGCUAGUGCAACGCUAUGUAAGCGGACGAUUCAGUGUGUUAGUACACGCGCCGUGUGGCGUUCGACUGGCUCCAUCGAAAUCGCCAUGAAUGCCGGACGCUCUCAGUCGUCUCCGAGAGUUGAAGUAAACCGGUGCUCGGUUGAGGAUUUUCUCCAUGGCAUACUGCGAUUGACGUGCUGGGCCAUUUAAAAUAUCCAUCUCAUCAAUUAAUUUCAAGUGAUAUAAGGCGUGAACCGUUUCCGACCAAGAUGGACGUCAACCUAUGCUACCUACUGCUAACAGCUGCUUUGGUAAUUCUGGUUAUCAUCUACCGACGCGUUUCCAAACACUACAGCUACUUCCAUGACAAACCUAUUCCAUCGUUGCCAUCCAUUCCUCCCUUCGGAUGUAUGCUUCCAGUACUCCUGAAGAAGUACACCUUUUUCGAGUUCCACCAAAUGAUCUACAAUCGGUUCCCGGACGCCAAGGUCGUCGGACUGUUCGACAUGUCGACCCGAUUCUUCAUGGUGCGUGAUCCGGAGUUGCUCAAGAAGGUGCUGGUCAAGGACUUCGACUACUUUAUCGAUCGGCGGUCGAUGUUCGGCGAUAACACCAACGAAUCGGACAACAUUCUGAUCACCAAGACGCUGCUGCUGUUGAGGGGCCAGAAGUGGCGGGAUAUGCGAGCAACGUUGAGCCCAGCGUUCACCGGGAGCAAAAUGCGGGCCAUGUUCGACCUGAUUGUGACGUACAGCGACCGGAUGGUUGGGAUAUUGAAGGACCAGGCCGGGGAAGUGGGUUACGUCGAUUAUGAAAUAAAGGAGUGCUGUUCGCGAAUCGCUUCCGAUAUCAUCGCGACCUGCGCGUACGGGUUGGAGGUGGAAUCGCUGGAGAAUCGCGAGAACGACUUCUUCACGAUGGGGAAGAAGAUGAUGAACUUCGGAAGUUCGUUCGUGAUUCGGAUGGUAUUGUACGGCCUUUUUCCAAAGUUGAUGAAUAGGUUUCAAGUGGAUUUCUUCGAUGCUGAACAAACGCGGUAUUUCACGCAGAUCAUCAAGGAUACUAUCGAGACGCGGGAUAAACAGGGCAUUGUGCGGCCGGACAUGAUCCACCUGUUGAUGCAAGCCCAGAAAGGUGUUCUAAAGCACCAUCAGGAAACGGCGGAAGCCACUGCAGGUUUCGCUACAGUCGAAGAAUCCGAAGUCGGCAAGACCGCUGUCGGAAAGGCAAUUACGGAUUUUGAAGUUGUCGCACAGUGCCUGAUCUUCUUCCUGGCCGGAUUUGAAGCCAUUUCUUCUCAGAUGUCUUUCAUAUGCUACGAAUUAGCCGUCAACCCGGAUGUUCAGCAAAAGCUCUACGAAGAGAUCGAGGAAACGAACAAUCAUCUAAACGGCAAAUCUCUAACCUACGAUACGUUACAGCAGAUGAAGUACCUGGACAUGGUGACGUCGGAAACCCUUAGGAAGUGGUCCGGGCCGGCCACGGAUCGGAUGUGCGUACGGGACUACGUCCUGGAUGAUGGGGCCGGGUUGAAGUUCACCAUCGAAGCCGGAACUUGUGUGAUGAUUCCGAGCCAUGGCAUCCACUGGGACCCCAAGUACUACCCCGAGCCGGAGAAGUUCGACCCGGAACGGUUCAGCGAAGAGCGCCGGGCCGACAUCGACAUGACGAUGUAUUUGCCGUUCGGGGCCGGGCCAAGGAACUGCAUCGGAUCGAGGUUUGCCCUGAUGGAAAUGAAGGCCAUCGUUUGUGCACUGCUGUUGAACUUUAGCAUCGAGCAGAACGAGAAAACGCAGGUGCCGUUGAAGAUAAAGAAAGGUUUUGCGCCAUUGGCCGGGGAGAAGGGAAUCCAUUUGCGGUUGAGGACCAGGAAAUGAAGUGUUGAUGUGAGGUAUUAUCAUACUAAUGUGUUGUACUAUGAA